AGGGAGCGCACAGCUGGUGUUGCGCGUGGAUGGAGCAGGACGCAGAGUCGCGCGGGAGGAUAGUGGGUUGAGAAGAGUUUAUCCGUUUUGAUUUUGUUUAAACACUGAAUACCUGUCUUCCUGCGCUCGGAUUGGUUCCUGCGUGCUAAAAAAAGGCACAAAUAUCGCUCCAUAGGUGCUCUGCUCUGUGUCAGGGUAGAGAAGUUGCUCUCCGCUGCCUGUUCGCCGACAGAAGCAGCUCCGUGCAGCUUUCAGAUACAAAAAAAACCCAAAAAAGGCCCUUAGUGAGGAGCCGACUCCCGUCGUUCAUUCUUAGAGACCCGUCUCUAAGACCGCUAAGAGGCGUUUCUUUCACGACCGUCCUGCCACUAUUUGUCUUGCAGAUACUGCUGAAUGGUGCGCAUCAGGGAGGAUUUAGAAGUGGGUAUACAAAAUGCUGACUGGACUGAAAAAUAAGUGGGUAUACGCCGUAUAACCUGGACUACACCACUUCUAAGGCGGCCUUGUGAAAGCAGGCCCUGGUGUGUAUUUCCAGCACUUGUUUGAUCUCUUGGUGUCCAGCAGGUGGAGAUGUAGCACCAAUCAUUUCCAUGUGUGGUCCAGUUAAAACUUUGUUUACUACUCAGAGUUCUUAAUUCAUAAACAGUUCAGUGGAAUCCCUCACAGAGGUUCACUUACUGACCAUUACAAAAUGGGUCCACAGCUCACUGUGAGAAAGAAAGACAAGAUGAUCGGAAUCCAUUUGCUUUGGCGUUCCUGUAGAGGGAGGGGGAUCCUCCCCCAAAGGAGCCCCUCUUCUGUGGCGCACCAAGAAAUAGAGCUCUCCUGUUGGACAAAUUAAAUCCUCCUAAACAGAAGUUUAGAGUUUGGUAAAUAGGCUUUGCUGAAUUUAUUAGAAUACUCGGAAUUGAUAUCAGUGAACUAAAAUCAUCCUUAAUCACAGAAGGACUCCGGAUUGUGAUCUUUGGAAAAAGGGAGGACAAGAAGAACUCCCUCUGCAACCUCAUCAUGAAGAAAAAGCAAUUUGACUUUUUCAAACUUAACCCUUUCAAGAAAAGUGAGUUGGCUUGUGGAGAAUGGAAAGGAAAACCAGUCAAGGUUGUAAAAUUGCCUGACAUAUUCAAUCUUUCAAUGAAAGCUUUAUUAGAAGAAAUUAACAGUUGUUUGACACUUUGCCUUCCUGGACCGAACGUUCUGCUGCUGUUAGUGAAGCCUUCAGAUUUCAAUGAGAAGGACAGAAAAAUACUGAAUUUUGUUAUGACUUUGUUUCAUCAAGAUGCCUUCAAGCAUGCCAUGGUCAUCAUAACACAUGAUAAUGAAAUGAGACCCUCUGUUAAUGAACUUUUAAGCGAUUGCAAUGGAAGACACUACAAUAUGUUUAGAGAAGAUUUCACACAGUUGAUGGAGGAGAUCGAGAACAUAGUGCAUGAAAACAAAGGAACAUAUCUUUCCUUGAAAGAAGAGACCAGCAGACCCCAACAGGAACAGAUCAAACCUUCACUAAACCUGGUUCUGUGUGGGAGGAGAGGAGCAGGGAAGACCUCAGCAGCCAAGGCCAUCUUAGGUCAGACUGAGCUAAAAUCCAACUCAUCAGUUAGUAUUAAAAACCAGGGAGAGGUCAGCAGACGUUGGGUUUCUGUGGUGGAGCUGCCUGCCUUGUACGGAAGAUCAGAGCGGGAAAGGAUGAAGGAAUCAUUCAGGUGCGUCUCCCUCUGUGAUCCUGAGGGGGUCCACGCCUUCAUGCUGGUCCUACCUGUGGGUCCCCUCACUGAUGAAGACAAAGGAGAGUUACAGACCAUCCAGGACAUGUUCAACUCUGUGGUCAAUGACUUCACCAUGGUUCUGUUCACUGUGGAGUCAGAUCCUAAAGCUCCAGAUGUGGUUAACUUUAUAAGCAGAGACAGAGACAUCCAGAGGCUUAUUCAGAGAUGUGGAGCAAGAUAUGUUGUUGUCAACAUCAAGGACAAGCAGCAGAUUCCAGAACUGCUAAGCGGGGUGGAAAAAACAAUCAUUCUCAAGAAUUCACCACGUUUUUACGCUUCAGAGACUUUUACAAGGGCCCAAAUGGAGAAGACCAUAAAACAAGAUGAACACAUCACCAGACUAGAGGCUGAAAUGAAGAAACUCAAAAAGACACAGUCUGAUCUUUGUACUGAAUCAGAUCAAAGCUCUGCGAAUCUGAGGAUUGUUCUAAUUGGAAAGACCGGUUGUGGAAAGAGCUCUUCUGGAAACACAAUCCUGGGACGUAAAGCCUUUAAAGCCGAGUCCAGCCCCAAAUCAGUCACAAAACGUUGUCAGAAAGAAGAGUGUGUGGUGGACGGUCGUCCUGUUGCUGUCGUCGACACUCCUGGUUUAUUUGAUGACAGUUUGAGCCAUGAAGAAGUUAAUGAUGAGACUUUGAAAUGUAUGAGUCUCCUGGCUCCAGGUCCACAUGUCUUCCUGCUGGUGUUACGGAUUGGAAGAUUCACUCCAGAGGAGAAGGAGACUUUAAGAUUAAUAAAGGAAGGCUUUGGAAAAGGUUCAGAAAAGUUCACCAUCAUUCUUUUUACAAAUGGGGAUAAUUUGGAACAUGAGGAGAAGACAAUCGAGGAUUACAUAAGAGAAGAUGAAUUGUUAGAGAAGCUCAUUUCUGACUGUGGAGGAAGAUACCAUGUGUUUAACAACUAUGACAGACAGAACCGAACACAGGUCAGUGACCUGAUUAAAAAGAUCGACAGGAUGGUGAAGGAAAAUAACGGCUGCUUCUACACCAAUGAGAUGCUGCAGGAGGCUGAAGCUGCCAUCCAGAAAAAAACAGAGAAGAUUCUCAAGGAGAAGGAAGAAGAGAUGAAGAGAGAGAGGGAGGAACUUAAGAGAAAGUAUGAGGAAGAUAUGCAAGAAAUGAAAAGAAAAAUGGAAGAAGAAAAAGAAAAACUAAAACAGGAAGCAGACUGGAAACUGAAGGAAAUGAAAGAGAAUAUUGAUAAAGAGCAUAAACAAAGAGAGAGGGAGCAGGCAAAGAGAGAAAAAGAAAAGAGGAAAAGAGAAACCGAUGACAAAACUCACCGACAGAGUUUUAUACAGCAGCUUGACGAUCUGGACAAACAAAUUCAAUUAGAAAAAGAGGAAAAGAACAGUGUCAACAGAGAGCUGGAAAGGAUCAGAGAAGAGAAGGAGAAAGAUAAAGAGGCUUGGGAAAAAGAACGCAAAGAAUGGUGGGAGAAACAAAAAGAGGAAGAAGAGAAGAGAAAAGAGGAAGAGCAAAGAAAACUGAGAGAACUUGAGGAGCAGUACAAGGAGGAACGUGAAAGAUAUGAAGAGGAAAGAAAGAAAGAAGAACAAAUCAGAAGAGAACAAGAAGAAAAAGAACGAAAGAUUUUAGAGGAAAAGCUGGAACGACUUCAAAAGGAAUACAAAGACAGAGCGAGAGAGGAAGCUGUCAAGUCAAACGAAUUCCAGGAGAAAUAUAAAAAGGAGUUUGAAGCACAAAAGGAGGCGCUUAAGGAGCAAAUGAAGGACAAGGAUGAGAAGUAUGACCUGUUGAAGGCACUGGCAGCAUACAAGGAAGCAGAAAAGAGGAAGCAACAUCAGCGUGAAAUUAGUAAUUUAGUGAACUGUGUCUCCAAGAAGACUGAAAAUAUAACAGCAGUUAAAGAUUUACUAAUAAAACACGAGAAAGAAUUAAAGCAGACCAAUACAGAGACAGAAAAGGAAAAAAUGCAGAAAAAUCAUGAAACUGAAAUAAGUGAACUGGUGGAGAAACUUCUUAGGGAAACAGAGACAAAAUCCUCAUGUUCCAUUUUAUGAGGAGAAUUAUUUGUCAUGCCUCUGCAAGCUGAAAAUUAGUUCUCAGUACAUUUCUGAUAACACCUACAUAUCUGUGUUAUGAACAUUAGACAAAUGUUCUUCUCAUGAA